AUUAAUGACAAUAAUUCUUUUGAUAGCUUAUGAACUAUUUAUAUUUUAUUGCAUUAUAAUUACAAUAUAUUCAAGUAAAUUAAAAUAAAUAUGGUUUUUCAAGUAUUUGGCAAAUUAUUAUACGCACUCAAUAUUCUAACUGAAACACCAUCAGAUAAUCAAUACAACAUGAGUAUACAAAACAUUGAAUGGAUUAACAAAUAUCACGAUGAAAAUAUUUACAGUAAAAAAAUAAUAAAUUUAUUAAACGAAGUAGAAACAUAUGAAUUUAAAAAUCAAAAUACUAAAAGGACUUUUUACUUCGGAGAAAAUGAAAUAAAACUUCUUAUAAACAAGUGUAAUGAAAACUUCAACUGUUUAAAAGAAAAAUCAAAAGCUAUAGUUAAAUAUAAACAAAAAAUAGAGACAGUGCAGUGCAUCAAUGCUGCUUAUAUUGAGUUUUUACUUCCUGAUAUAAACAAAGUGUUAUCAUCGCUACCAGUCAAAUAUAUCUCAAAAGACACCGUACGUUUUUAUCGACAGAUAAUCGCACGAAUGCUCUCUUUAGUUUAUAUGGCUAACGUACCAGCACACAAUUGGUUGUGGAAUCUCUACUUAAGAUUGCUAGAAGUAGAACAUCAAUGUGCAGGAAUGUUAACAUGUACCAAUAAAUUUUCAGAAAUUCAGUUCAAAGAUGAUUUGACACAACAUUUGAAUCUAUGCAUGUCUUACAAGUAUUUACCAAACACCAAAAACCAAUGGCUGUCUGAAAAGAUUAAGUAUGAAGAAAAUAUUAGAAAAAUACACUUAACACUAUAUGAUAAUAACAACAGCAAAGAUUCGUAUCUAAAUAUAAUUUAUUCGUUUGCCGAGCAGUUCGAAGUUAAAUACCUUACAAUUUUUAACAUUCAUAGUCACUAUAGUUUAAUUUUUAAUAAGACUUCUGGUAUGAAAAUAAAUUGGGAAAAUACUAAGUUAUUGAUAAUCAUGGAAAAGGAAAGAAUAUCUAAUAAACAAAAUAAUUCGAUUAUACAUCCUUUUAACUCAACAAAGUAUUUGGAUAUGAUUAGAGGUGUUAUCGAAGCUAAGCUUCUAUUUCUUACAUGGAGACAUUUAAUUGUUCUGCAAGUUAGUAUAAAACGUGUAAUUAAAGGCAAGAGUAACGCAUAUAAUGCUAACAAAAACAUGAUUACCUAUUGGAAUUUAUUGGUGACUCCUCUUACGAAUACAAUAUAUCAAUUAAGUAUCAAUAAUCAAUUACUUAAAAACAUAAUAAACUACCUCAGAAUCAAGAAAACUCCUUUUUGCUUUAGUCAUGAAUUUCGCAGUACUAUAGCAAUUAUUAUUAACCAAUUAGAAAAUACGAUUAAAAAUGAUUUAUCCGAUCUCGGUGUAUGUCCUCAUGAAAUACAAGAACUUUUUAUAAUUCCUCGUAAAUUAUACAUAAUUGAUGAAUAUACAAAUGUAAAUACGUCUAGAUAUGGACGCUACGUUCAUCAAAUACAAUCUUAUGUAAAUUCUAUUCAAAAUGCAUUUCAACCAAUCAAUUUCGAUUUUAUAACAUUUUUCAAAUCAGGAAAGUCAAAAAUUACAGAAACAUUUUUCAUGUAUUAAAUGGUAAAACAUUUAAUUUAAUUUGUGCAUUCAUAUAAUUAAUACAUUGUUAAGUAAAAAUCAAGUCUCAAAUCGAAUUUUGUUGAACAUUUUUUUAAGAAUC